GUCGUAUGAACAAUUUGAAGUGCGAUAGAGUGCUUCCAACAUGCAAUCAUUGCUCUUGGGCAAGUGGGAGAGAAUGCAAAUAUACCCCUUUACCAACUCCUGCCCACCGAGGUAUUCCGAGAUGCGAUCGGUGUCGUCUUAAAAAUCUCAAGUGUGAUCGGAAUCUUCCGGUGUGCAAUCACUGCCGUGAAGGAGAUGAUGCGGAAUGCAACUAUACCCCUAAAAAGAGGCAUAAAGUCCCAUCAGACCAUGGAACUAUCAAGGAUAGACAAAUGGCACCCUAUGGUGCGAAAACGGCGUCUUUCCUAGUGUCAGACAUGCCCAGUAUGGAGGAGCAGCAUGUAUUCAUCCGUAGCGGUAUCAAAGAUGACAGUCACAGCUUUUACGGCCAAAACAUAGCAUCUUCGUCUCGCCCUUACGGAACACCACCUUCUCCGACUUCCUAUGACCGUGAUAGAUCCGAAGGCGCAGAUCCUUCCCUCUACCCGCAAUCGAGCCGAUUUACUCCUGACUAUCAGGGCCGAGUAUGGAGGAAAUCAAUCAACUAAUCACAUAUCCUUCAUCUCGCACUCUUUCCCUUCAGAGCAAGGAAUGGUCAUCACUAAAUCGCGCAUCGAAUCAUGGUCUCACACUUCUUUCGCACCGCUACCUGACAUUGUGUUGCAGCGAAUCCGCACCCUCAACUCUGUUGAGAUGCCUGAUCGAAACGCUUUCAACGAGGCUUUCACGACCUUUUUGGGCGAUCUCUCGCCUGAACUCAGCGAAACUGCCUCAUUCCCUCCAGCC